AUGUCGGCACCACCAAGUGCAACGGUAUAUGGUGCACCACCUACCUUCGGAAACCCCCAGUCAGGACUAUCAAUUUCCAAACAGCCAAUGUGCACCACGCCGAGUAAUACUAUUUACAUCAACAAUCUUAACGAAAAGAUAAAACUGCCAGCCUUGAAGAAUGCUCUAAAAGCCAUUUUUGAGCAGUAUGGAGAAAUUUUAGACAUUACAGCGCGUAAUACUUUAAGAAUGCGUGGUCAAGCAUUCGUAGUUUUCAAAGAACAAGAAAGUGCCGUUAAUGCUGUUAAGGGAGUUCAAGGAUUUGCAUUGCAUGGGAAGCCAAUGGUUAUACAAUUUGCAAGAACCAAGUCAGAUGUAAUCGCAAUGCUGGAUGGAACUAUCGAGGAACAUAAAAGAUUAAGAUUAGAAGCGAAGGAAAAACGUGCUAAAGAACCUCCUGUAAAAAAAUUCAAGCCAAGUAAUGUAUCACAAUUUCAAUUGGGACCAUCAAAUGUUCCUGGUGUUCCUGCGACUGGGAAUAUUCCAGACGAAUACCUUCCACCCAAUAAUAUUUUAUUUCUUCAAAAUUUACCGGGUGAUAUAACAGGAGCUGCCCUUACUGCUUUAUUUGAACAAUAUCCUGGGUUCAAAGAAGUCCGUUCAAUUCAUCCAGCUAAGGGUAUAGCAUUCGUAGAAUAUGAUAGCGAACCUCAGGCCAUGAUUGCAAAGGAAGCUUUAACCAAUCAUCCUAUAAGUCCUGAUAACAAGCUCAAGAUUACAUAUGCAAAAAAAUAA